AUGAGGACCACAGAGAACUUCGAUGAGACCAGUGCCACACUAAACCUUAACAGGACCCCCGGGGGAAGGUACAUUUACCUGGAAGCAUUCCUGCAGGGAGGAGCUCCCUGGGGUUUUACUCUGAAAGGUGGCCUGGAGCAUGGAGAACCAUUAAUCAUCUCUAAGCAUGUGUACUUCAUAUGCUUACAUGGCUUCCCUAGGAAGAAGACUAAAAUGUAUAUCCUAGCCAAAAAGAAGUAUGAGUGUACUAGCUCAGCCCGUGGGAAGAAGAGAAGAGAAAAGGAGGCUUAUUUUAGUUACAUAGGGGAAAUCGUAAAGCAAACCCACCACUUCAGUGGAUGCUCCUGGGUCUCGGAUGCUCUGGGCUCUCUGGAGGAUUGGUGACUGGAACAGAUUAGCCUGGGGGCAACUAAACUGUCCUUUGACAACCACAGAAAAGCUGUCACUGACAGAGAGCUCCUUGAAGCAGUUAAGCAGAGAUCCUCUCGGAAGAGCUUUUGGAUAAAUGAAGUGUUUCUGAAUGGCCCUGUUAUUGGAAAUGACUGCACUUGUCCAAAAAAGUUGGAUGCAUCAGCGGGCUGGGUUGGAGACAAGGUAACUAAGAAGUACCGGCUACAACAGGAGUCUUGGUGCUACAUACCUGGUCUCUGGGUCGUAUGUUUUUAG